AUGUUCUGGCUUUCGGUUUAUUUGGACGUAGAAUAUUUUGAAUUAAUUUCGCGCUGAUAUUCUAUUCGUUUGCUGUGCUUGCGCCAUUCGCUCUUGUUCUAUAUAUCACACACACACACUCAUAAAUACAUACACAUGCAUAUGUAAAUAAUAAGAAAACAAACUUGCAGUUUAAAUAAUCAAAAGGGUCGCCUAUCGUACGUGUGUAAAUACAUAUAUAGUUUCCGCAACAGCCCUACUUCAAAAAGUGAACAAUAUUAUAUGUACAUGCUUACAUACAUAAAUAAAAGUGUCUAAUGUUGAAGAAAACGUGAAAGCUAUGGCGGGUAUAUUUCGAUCUACGUCUCUGAAUAACUCAAAUGAAACACAGGGCUCCUCGCCGUACAAGCGAUUCUCAUUAAACCCGGGCAGCAGUCCAUUCUGCACCAGUCCCGGAGUCUUGCAAGAUGUGACCAUGGAAAACUCAUAUGCCAGUUUCGAUGCGGGCCGCCUGCAAGGCGACAGCCACUCGCCGUUGGCCAUGCCGGGCCGUUCUAUGCGGAACGUGGAGGAGCAGAUGUCGACGCUGCGCAAGGAGAACUUUAAUCUGAAGCUGCGCCUCUACUUCAUGGAGGAGAGCCAGCUGGGGCACAAUCGGACAAACCAUUCGGGCGAGUCUCUGUCGAAGCAGCUGAUCGACGCAAAGAUUGAGGCCGAGGUGCUGCGCAAGACGGUCGAGGAGAAGACGGAGCUGCUGAAGGACGCCGCUCGGGCCAUAUCCCUGCACGAAGAGAUGCAGAUGAAGGCGGAAACCGAGAGCCAAGCGCUGAUCGAUGAGCUGCAGCAGCAUCUGCGCCACUACGAGGAAAUGGAAGCCGCCCAGGAGGGAGACACCAGAGCGGUGCUGGAUGAAAAGCUAAAACACUUGGACUCUGAGGUGCUGAGAUUGAGGCAGGAGCUGGUCGAGGCCGGCAUGCGGCAGAUAGCCUGCCAGGACCAGCUGAAAUCGGCACAGGCCGAGCAUCAGGAGACGCUGUCCUCCUGCGAGGCCAAGAUCCAGGAGCUGGCCAUCAAGAACGCCGAACUGUUGGAGCAAUUCGAGAAGGGGAUGCAGUGCAGCGACGAGGCAAAUGUAAGUAAGGUCAAGCAGGAGAUGGACGCCCAACUGGCGGACAAAAUAUGCGAGCUGCAGGAUGCCCAGGAGAAGGUAAAGGAGCGCGAACGCAUCCACGAGCAGGCCUGCCGCACCAUACAGAAGCUAAUGCAGAAGUUGAGCAGCCAGGACAGGGAGAUCAAAAGGCUCAACCAGCAUCAGAAGCAGCAGCACCAGCCAGAGCAGAAUUCUGUUAAGAAAGAAAACGAUAAUAGCAGCCAGGCCAGUAUAUCGCCAUCGGCAACGGGCCGUUCGCUGAGUGACAACGAGGCCUGCUCUUUGGAAAUAUCCUCGGCCCUCAAGGAACAGUACGAGCUCACGAUGGCCGAGCAGGAGCUGAAGAUCAAACAGCUGCAGGCGGAGGUUAAGAAGAAGACGGCCAAUCUGCAGAAUCUGGUCAACAGGGAGCUGUGGGAGAAGAACCGCGAGGUGGAGCGCCUUACCAAGUUGGUGGCCGCCACCCAGCAGCAGUCCCUGCCGCAGAUCAACGAAGAAUCCAAUGGCUCCAUUGAUUUGCAGCAGUCCUUCACCGAACUGGAGUACUCCAAGGCACUGGAACGCAACAAGCUGCUGCAGCGGAAGGUGGACGUGCUCAUCCAUCGUCUGGGAGACGAUCAGCAGAACAGCGCGGUGAUUGGACAACUGCGGCAGGAGCUGCGCCAGGUACAGGCGGACGCCGAGAGCGCGAAUAAGUGGCGCCUCGAGUGCGCCGAUGUCUGUGGUGUGCUGACCAACCGCCUGGAGGAGCUGGCCGGGUUCCUCAACUCGCUGCUCAAGCACAAGGAUGUCCUCGGUGCGCUGGCCGCAGAUAGGCGGCAUGCCAUGCGUCGAGCCGUCGACCGCAGCCUGGACCUGUCCAAGAGCCUCAACAUGACGCUGAACAUCACUGGCGCCUCGCUGGCCGAUCAGAGUCUCGCCCAGCUAUGCAAUCUCUCCGAGAUGCUGUACACCGAUCCAGAUGCCGAUGCCGAUGCAGAGGCCGAUGCCAGCCACAAGACGUACAACUCCCACGAGGAGAUACGCGCCGUCGCCUCUGCUGGCGGUGGUGCCUCCAUCAGUCCAACGUUGGAGCAUCUAAAGGCCGAGAACAAGGCGCUGAAGCGGGAGCUGGAGAAGCGUCGCAGCACAGACGGGCAGCAGCAGCGAAAGGAGCGCCGCUCCCUGCCCCUCCCCACCCAGCAGCUAGACAACCAGAGCGAAUCGGAAGCUUGGUCCGAGCCGGACCGUAAGGUUUCCCUGGCCCGCAUCGGACUGGAGGAGACCUCCCACAGCCUGGCGACGACCGAAAACCGGCCCAGCGAAUCGGAAAGUGAGGGCCGGCGCGCCUGCUCGGCCAGGCAGGAGCGCAGUCGCACCAGCGAGCGCAUUGCUCAGCUGGAGGAGCAGAUAGCCCAGAGGGAUGAGCGCGUCUUGAACGUGCAAUGCCAACUGGUGGAUCUGGACAAUCGCUACAAGCAGGAGCAGCUGCGCUGCAUGGAGAUCUCCCUGCAAAUGGAGCAACUGCGCGCCGUCAACGAGGCCCUAACGGCCGAUCUGCAGGCCAUCGGAACGCAGGAGGAUCAGCAGAUGGACGAGCUCCAACGUCUGGUCGAUCUAAAGACCAAGCAGAUCGAUCAGCUGGAGCUGGCCCAGAGCACAUUGACUGCAGAUGCGCAAAUCACGGACAUGGAACUGCAGGCCGCACAGCAGCAGCUCCUGGAAAUGGAGGAACAACACGCCGUGGCUGUGGACCAGGCACAGGCCGAGUUGGCGGAGCUGAGGCUGGAGGCAGCGCAGAAGCUCGAGGAAGUGCAGCGCCUGCACCAGGAGGCGCUCGAGCGAGACUGGGUGGCUUUGAGCCUAUACCAGGAGCAGGCCCAACAGCUGAUCGAAUUGCAGAGGUCCCUGGAGUGCCACCAGGAGAACGAGUUGGAGCUGAAGCAGACUCUAGUGGAGAACGAGCUGGCCACGCGCUCGCUCAAAAAACAAUUGGACGAAAGCACUCUGCAGGCCUCCAAGGCGGUCAAGGAACGGACCAAGGCCUACAGCGACAAACUGCAGCUGGAGAAGCGCACAGAGGAGCUGAGGCUGCAGUUGGAGCUCCUCAAAGGGGGGCAGCAGCGCCAACUGCCAGCUCGUUCCAACAGCAGCGAUGUGUCGCAGUCGGGAUACACGUCGGAGGAGGUGGCAGUGCCAAUGGGACCACCAACUGGCAAUCACUCCACCGUGCCGGCCAGCAUGGCAGUGGGGGGAGGGCGCGUACACAGCUUCUCGCCAGAUCUGGGUAUAGAGAGCGACGCCGGCCGGAUCUCCAGCGUUGAGCUGUGUCCAGCCACACAGCGUGCCCUACUCACGACUGUGGAAAUGAAGAGUGAGACGCUGUCAGGUGCUAAAGAUGAACCCGUUUCGCCUGACACUGGCAACAUUGAAUUGAAUGUGUCCCAGCAACAGCAGCAGCAGCAGCAGCCAUCUGCAGCAACAGCACACGACUGUGCCAAGGUAGAUCAAGAAAAUGCCGAAUUGAAGCGUAAACUAAUCCGCACCAAGCGCGCAUUCGAAGACACCUACGAAAAGUUGCGUCUGGCUAACAAAGCAAAAGCACAAGUCGAAAAAGACAUCAAGAAUCAAAUACUAAAAACGCACAAUGUGCUGCGAAACGUACGCUCAAAUAUGGAGAAUGAGUUAUAACAAUUGAUUUGACGUCGUCGGCCACUAUAUCAGCAUUAAUCGAAGAGUCUCAUAUCAUCUCACUGCUCAUCCAUUUGUUACUAGACGUUUGCCAUUCUCCUUGCCAUGUUCUUCUGUUCUAUUCAUUAAUAUUCAUUUUUGUGUAAACAUUUUCUGUUUUUUUACGUUGCUAACAAGAUAUUAAUUUUUAAUUUUGUAUGUGCUAUGUGCCUGUAUUCUUUUUGUACCAUGAACGAACAGAACCGAACAACCGAAACAACGAAGCUAUUAAUAUGAAUACCUAUUUGCAUUUUCUAAAGACUGUAUAGGGAACACACACAAUAAUGCUAACAUUGAUCAAGAAGAUUUACUCAAUGAAUGAAAUAUCACACCUGUUUUAUCACACCCCUCCCCAGAAAACUUAACAAAAUUUCUAGAUGCUGCUGACUGAAGAAAUGUAUGUAACCAGAACCUGGCACACUCAUUCAUAUUGAAUGACAUAUGUAUAGUAUAUGUGUAUAUAUAUAUAUAUCCCCAAUUGUAGCUAAACAUAAGAACAUCUCUUAGUUUGUCCCUAUUUUUUUGCCCAAUAACCCAUCAAUUGCAUGUUGUAGCUACAGAGAGGGUUUGCUUAAUCUAUUGCUCUUAACCUUUGCUUUCUUUUCUUCAAUCCUCCCGCUCCGAAUCCUCGAUUUCAGUUGAUCAUCGAAACGGAUAUUGAAAUAAUUGUUUGAUUUGUACCGCCGCAAUGGUCGUUGCCAUCCAAUCGAUUAACUUGUAUUGAAGCCUCAUUUUGUACAAUGUGUAAAAAGUAGCUCCACGCUGUCCUGGAGUUUCGAUGAACAAUACCUAGAAUCUUAAGUAACUUGUACCAUGUCGUUUUAUGGAAUAAAAUAUUUCGUUAGAA